AUGGGCUCACGUGGGCCGACUGGCAGUCAGGGUGAGAAAGGUUCCAAUGGACCAGAUGGUCCAUUCGGCCCUACUGGCCAGGUAGGGCCUCGAGGCUCCCAGGGACGGACUGGUCCUCCAGGCGCGGUUGGAAAACCGGGAGUAGACGGUGAGAAGGGCAACAAAGGUAGUAUCAGUGGACCUGGUGUUAAAGGUGACAAAGGCGAAGAGGUGAGUGACUAUCCUUGCAAAUCUCAUAUUCUCUCAGUGUUGAAAAUAAUCAUAAGGGAAAAAUAG